AUGGUGCUCUACUCAUUCUACAUCUUCGAUCGUCACACCGAGUGUAUCUACAGUCGUCGCUGGACUCCUCGACCCACCUCAUCCUCAGGCAAGACCGCGCGCCCCCAAUCCGGCUCAAGCAUAACGAGCGGCGAUGGCACCGUCACCAAUCGCAGGAACAUGUCGCAUGCAGAUGAUGAGAAGCUGAUCUUUGGUCUCGUCUUCUCUCUCCGCAACAUGGUUCAGAAACUCGGAGGGGAAGACGACACCUUUCUGUCAUAUCGCACUGGCGAAUACAAACUACACUACUACGAGACACCCACCCGCAUGAAGUUUGUCAUGCUUACCGACACGAAACAAAACAAUCUUCGACCGUAUCUACACCAGAUCUGGGCGAAUCUUUACGUGGAAUACGUUGUCAAGAAUCCUCUGGCGCCUGUGGAACAUCCAGGGGGUGUCGGCGUGGCCAACGAAAUGUUCGAAAGGGGGUUGGACACAUUCAUAACCGCCGUUCUACCUGCUUAA